CACCCUGCCGCAGCACACUGGUGGGAGAACGCCGCGGCGUUCCUCCGAGAGCGGCCGCCCGCCGACGUGUCCGCCUUCCGCGCGGCGGGCCCCCUGCUGCCGCAGGCUCUCGGAGACGGGCUGCACGGGGACCAACUGGGGCUGCCAGCGGUGGUAGGGCUCCUUGCCGACGACAGAGGAUACGUGCAGCCGAUCGCCCAGGACAUCGUGAUGCAGAUCUUCGGGGGGGUGGACUUCAUCCGCGCAGUGGAGGUGCAGGCUGGCGCCUACAGGGCCUGGCGACGAAACGGGCGCCCGGCGCAGUCUGCCUUCCCCGACGCCGCCUGGGCGCUUCUUGACGCAGUGGACUUGGAGGCCGAACUGCGCCGGCGGGUGCCGUGCAUCCGGGCGCCGCCAGCUUUCCUCCGCGGCCGCCUUCGCCAACUCUACCACACGGCCCUCGAGGAGGUCCUGCGCGCAGACGCCCUUCCUGGCGACGCCGACGGGCUGCAGAAGGUGAGGGCUUGGAAGCUCCUGGUUCUCAUCUGGCGCACGCUGCUGCGACGGACCACGAGCACUGGGGCGCCAGGGCGGCGAGAGCUCGAAGCGCGACUGGAGCAGUUCGAGGGCGGCUCCUUGGAAGCGCUGCUGGCCCCAAGCCUGCAAGGGCAGCGGCCUCCGGGAGGAGCGCGCGGCGCGGGCGACGCCGAGGCGAGGCGCCAGCGCCUCCUGGAAGACGCGGUGGCGCUGGUCAGAGCAGGGGGCCUCAGCAAGGCGCGGCAGCUGCUCGCCUCGCGCGGGCUGGCGCCGGGCACGGCGGAGACUUUGGCCGAACUGCGGGACCCCGCCCGGCGACCGCCGAGGCCCGCCGCCGACAUGCCGCCUGCCGCCCGAGCCUUCCAGCCGGCUCGGCUCGUCGAGCUCGACCGCGGCAUCUGGACCGACUGCGCCCGCUCCGCCCCGAAAGGGUCUUCCAGCUCGCUGAGCGGAGCAAGCUUUGAAUUGCUCAAGCUGGCCUUGGACGACGAGGCGCUCGAGCUGCAAGCUGCCGCGGAUGAGCGCUACGCGCGGGCCGAGAUCCCAGCGAGCGUUGCCCGCGCCCUGGGCACAGGCCGCAUGGCGGCGCUUCUGAAGGCCCGCGACCGCGGGCUGCAGGAGGCGCUACACGACCUCCUCGACCUCGACCCCGCGCCAGCUGAAGCAGAGAGGCUCUUCCGAGUGAGCUCGCUGCCGCUCGGCCUCGGAGGCCUUGGACUCAGGUCAGCCGCGCGCACGGCCGAGUGCGCGUACUGGGCGUCUUGGGCGGACGCGCUCCCCAUGUUGCGACAAAGAAACCCUACAGCAGCAACGGAGCUCACCGCCGCCCUCCGCGCCGGGACAGGCGCCGCAGCCUCGUGCCUCCAGGAAGCUGAGCGCGCGAGGGCUGCCGCCGCCCGCGACGGCUUCGCGACGUGCCCAACUUGGCCGGAGGUCUGGGACGGCGCGCGCCCUGAACAGACAGAGCCAGAGCCGGGCGAGUGGAAGCACGGAUGGCCGUACCACGCCUCAGCAGCCCGAGAGCGGCGCUACAGGGAGGAGGUCGUUCUCCCGAGCCUCACAGACGACCAGCAGUGGAUGCUCGACUCGCAGGGGGGCCGCUGCGGCGGACGGCACCUGGCCCUGAUCCCCUCGACGCCAGAAAGCACGUUCACGCCAGAGCGCUUCCGGGCACUGCUCCAGAGACGGCUCCGCUUGCCGCUGGACGCCACGGCAAGCAGGUGCAACGGGCGCUCCUGCCAGGCAGGAGGCCGUGUCCGCACCGACGCGUUCCUGCGCGACAUGGACCUCCCGGGCAUUGCCGCCAACGACGGGCGCCGCAUCGAGAUGGUGGCUGACGGCCUCCCUGCCUACCACGGCAGGCAGCUCGCCAUCGACGCCUGCAUCGUGUCCCCGCUGAGGGCCACCGGCAGGCCGAUUGCGCAGAGGCUCCGCCCAGGACUCGCGCUGAAACGGGCGAGGCGCCGCAAGCAAACGACUUACCCUGAGCUGGUGGGCUCGCGGCGGGGCUACCUGCUCGUAGCCGGAGCAGAGACGGGCGGCCGCUGGGACGAGGAGGCGUACAAACUCCUCGUUGCCCUGGCCCGCGCCCGGGCGAGGAGCGCGCCGGCGGCGCUGCGAGGAUCGCUUGCGACCGCGCGGCUGCGCAGGUGGAGCGGCAUGUUGGCGCACGCCAUCCACGACGCCCUGGCCGCGACGACCUGCGGCGGCGGGCGCGGCGACCAGCGGCGGCAGGCCCAGGGCGCCCCGGACCGGGCGCCGCGGCACAAGGCGCAGGCUGGCGGCGGCGGCUGGGUUGCGUGGCGCACGGGGCCUCAGUGGGACGCGGCCCUUGAUAGCGCGGCCCCACUCCUGCACUCACAUGCCGUGUCCGUCGAAUCCCUCAUUGGUGAACCGUGGCUGCGCCCAUGCUGGUUCGGAGGUGGGGCCUCGAAGGCAGAAAGACGCAUUUUCGUGGACGCGGCUGCUUGGGCGCGGGAUGCAGUGUACGUUUUAUUAGGCCAUUCUGCGGGAGCCACGCGAGCUGUAGUGGCGGGAGUUGCCCAGCGGCGGAGCGCGAGGGAACUGAUUAACCCGCAGGCAUUCGAUAAGCAUGAGGACUUUAAGCGGGCGGCGGCUGAUGCGGCGUGGGCCCAACGGCACCGCGUUGCAAUGCAGUAUGCGCGUUUGCGGGCGCAGGGCCCUGGCUCGGCGGAGCGGUUCGUUUCGCGUGUCUUCGCAGAACAGCGUGCGUUCAAGAUUGCCCUUGUUGAUGCUGAGACAGGCCAGGCCCUUGACCCCUCUGACAUGCUGGCGCGAAUUGAGGAGGACCUCUUUGCGCGAGUCCGCAAUGACUUCCCUUUUGACGAGGGCGCUGCCAUCGCGCAGCGGGAUCUGGUCACGUCCAUCCGGGCUGCUGGGGGCGGCCCGGAAUUAGCGUCGCCGCUUGGCGCGCAGGAGCCGUUGUGCACUAUGCGCGAGGUGGAUGACAUGCUUGAUGCUCUCAAGCCGACGUCGGCUGCUUUGAAGGGGUGUUAUGCGUCCCUGAAGUCACCUGUGCCAAUGGGCCGGCGGCUUACAAGGGCAGUGGCGAAUAUCUCUCGGCACUGCGGUCUCACCAGCAAUCUGUGGUCGGCCCGUCAGAUCUCACCCCUGCAUAAGUCGGGGCCCCGCGUGGUACGUCAACUCAACUGCCUGCGGCCCAUCUCCAUCUCCACCGUGAUGGCAUCGGUGGUGGAUGGUCGGCGGUUUAGCGUUCCAGUUUUCAACGCUCAGCUGAAAUGGCUCUACCACGAGCGCCCCGCGGAGUUCCGGGCCGUCUCACCGGGCUUCCGCCGGUCACUGAGGGCCAACUAUUGGAAGCUUACCCUCUGGAUGCUGUGCGGGCGGUAG